GCUUGCUCUCCCGCUCUCCGCGAUGCUGCUGCUGGCGGCUGUAGCCGAAGAGCAGCCGGACGCCGAGGAGUGGAUCGACCCCACAGACAUGUUGAACUACGACGCCACGACGAAAACUAUGAGGAGACCGGCAGAGGCAGCAAAUUAUGAAAAUGUCCCAACCAAAAGGAAGGAAUAUACUGACUCUAGUCUGAUUGACCCAUGUCCUGACAUUACAGAGUGCACUAGAAGAGUUGCUAUUCUGGAGGAAGAGGUUCAAGAACAAAAAAAGAAGAUCAGAUCAGCCUCCCAGCAGCCUUCCUGCACCCCGGUUUUUAAACGAUACCUCAGCAAACUCUUGAACGAAAUCCAGAAACUGGGCCUGCCCAACGAAGUAAGCAGCAGCGUCCAUUAUGAUGCUGAAGUAAGGCUGUCCCGUCAGGCAGUUGCUGAGAUCCAGAAGUUUGUCACUGGGGAUGGGAGUUGGAAAACAGGGGCCUUAGAUGAAGCCCUCAGCCAAAUCCUGGUCAACUUCAAGCAGCAUGAUUAUGAAGCCUGGAAGUGGCGUUUUGAAGACACUUUUGGUGUGGAGCUCAGCACUGUUGUGGGGAUCUUUGUCUGUUCAAUAGCCAUAGUGCUAAUCAUCUGCAGUGAGACAUGGUCAAGAGUGUCCUGGUUUGUCCAGUUCAAGCGGCUGUUGGCCAUCUGCUUCUUCAUUAGUAUCGGCUGGAACUGGUUAUAUCUGUAUAAGAUUGCAUUUGCAGAACACCAAAACAACAUUGUGAAAAUGGAGAGCGUCAAUGAGAAGUGCACAGGGGUGAAGAUUGACUGGAAGGACAACCUGAAGGAAUGGUGGAGAAGCACCUGGACUCUCCAGGAUGACCCUUGUAAAAAGUACUAUGAGGUCCUCAUUGUGAACCCUAUCUUGCUUGUGCCUCCAACCAAAGCUAUCUCUGUCACCAUCACUACAUUUUUCACUGAGCCACUGAAACAUGUGGGCCAGGGUAUCAGUGAGUUUCUGAGGGCUCUCCUCCAAGACCUGCCCAUCACACUUCAGAUUCCUGUUCUAGCCACCAUUGUGCUCUCCAUCCUGGUCUUCACAUAUGGAAGUGCCCAGGCAGCCAUACAGGUUGGCCUCACUAGGCCUUUAAGAGGUGGUCACCAGGAACCACCCCCACCUGCAGUUGAGUAUCCCCAUGCCCCCCAGGCAGCAAUAGAUGUGGUUCCACAGAACCACAUGCUGCAAAGGCAGACAAACCAGGCCAGGGCAGGUAGCGAUGCCCGUCACAGGGGGACAGCCAGGACAUCAGACAGUACGCAGCAUCGUGUACCUGUGGAGAACGUGGGUCAGGCUGAACACGCUUACAGCGAAGAUGAAAUGGAUGGAGAGGAAAGCCAGGGUCCCGCUGACACAGAAGAGCAGCAGAGUGGGAUCUCAGUGAACACAACCCACGAGGCCCCCCAGCACCAAGAUGUAGCUGAGCCAAAAUGCAGUCCGAACACAGAUGUCACAACCACGGACAAAGGCUCAGCUCAGCAGAGGGAUGAGUCAUCCCAGGUGUCACCUGCUCAUACGAAAGGACACGUCCACAGAUGCCGAGUCACCCCGUGUUCAUCCGUCUCCAGCAAUCGCACCUCAGUGGGUUCAUACGCCAUUGGGGCCGAGACUGAGGGGCUCUCAGGCUAUAUGGUCAUGAAUGGUCCCAGGUAGGUUUGACUAAUCUAAUAAUCCAGACACCUCUCCUCCUUUCUCUCAUCCUUUCUUGAUGGCUUCUGUCUCUUGUGAUUACCUACAGGGACUCUGGUGAUUACAGCUGCCCUAAGAUGUCCUAGGAGACAUUAAUGGGCUUUAUUACAGCUGCCUUUACAUAUAAUUAAACUGUUUCAAAACACCAGGUAUGAGUGGUUUUCAUGACUGGAGAUGCAUUUUGACACAAGAAAUGAAAGUUUCAAAAGUACCUUUAGCAAUGGCCCACAGUGUAAUUACUUUUAUAAAAAGCUGCAUAUUUAAGCAAAGCCUUGGAACGCACUGAUCUGUUUUAGUAAGUUCAAAGGCUCAUUAAGUGAACCAGACAAAAAAAAAGGCUGAUUCAUAAUUAAUUGACUUCAAUGCAACUUAGACUGACUAAAAUCCAAGUAAAAUAAAGCUUGUUCACUAAAUUUAUACAAUCAUCCAUAUUUAAUUUUGAAAUUACUGACUCAAUGAAGGAUAAAUAUCUGUCACUGUGCAUGAAUCCAUGUUUAUGGAUAAUCUUGACAACAAACACUACUGAAAAGCUUUUCGGCUGACUUUCAAAGACUAACAGGACAGACAGGCAGGACAGGACAAGACAAAUACUGGAAUUCAAUGAUUCAGAGCAUCACUAUCAAUGAUUCAAAGCACCAUUAAAGUUUGAAAGAUCUCUCUGUGCCACAACAGGUGUUCCAUUACUUCAUUAGGUUUCAGUACAAGGAGAUGAAACACCAAACUGCACAGAAAAUUAAGCAAAUAAGAAACAUCUUUUAUUUUCCAUUUAACAUUCAUUGUCAUCAACAAGAAAUCACUGCUUCAACAUGUUUUGGGGAUAAUAUUAAACUUAUGCAUUUAUUCCCACUCAAACUACCAACAAGUUCAACCACUAAAAGCACCAUAGGUCAUGGGAAACCAUGACCAGUUUAACAGUGGUAUUUACUUAGAUGGAAGAUGACUUUUAGGGCACUACAGAAGAACAAACUGCAGAAAAACACUGGACAUCAUAUCAACACAAGUUAGUGCUGUAGUGUGCAAUCCAAGAACAUCAACCGACAGGAUCAACUUCAUGGGCAUAGUAUAAUUUUCUUACUACAGAAAUAUUAAUGGCUUGUAAAAUUAAAUGUAAAACAAUAUGAAAUGAAAGGGGGAACACUGGAUGUUCGUAUUCCUACCUGUAUCGGACAUGAAAGGACUGGUCUUCAUCUCGCAUGCUAACCAGAAUACUGCUUGCAUCCAUUGAAGUG